AGGAUCGUCCCGUCUGCAAUCAAGCUUCGAGCUCACAUAAGACGCGUCUUGCCAGGCUGGACUUGUCCCAAGUUGGGCCCCACUCCUAUUCGAAUCAAACCCGAAACAAAAGGUCAAAAAACUCAAAAGCGCAACAUUCUCCUUAUCUCUCCACAGUCGUUCUCCCUAAUUUUCCUCCACCGCUAUGCAUCCGUCUAAACCACUCAAUCUCUUUUUUAUUUUAACGGUCAUGAUCCGUCUCUGCUUCGCCGAUCUACCUUCUUUUCGGGAGGCACCGGCAUUUCGAAACGGCAGAGAAUGUCCACAAACAACAUGGUCCUCCCUCGACAAAGAGAUCCACAAUCCCUCCAUUAUCCACAUCGCUAUGACAUUAGACACUGCUUACCUCCGGGGCUCCGUCGCUGGAGUCUUCUCCGUUCUCCACCACGCCACUUGUCCGGAAAACAUCGUGUUCCAUUUUGUCACCACGCACCGACACGGAGCUAAACUCACGCGCGCCAUUACCUCCACUUUCCCUUACCUCAACUUCCAUCUCUACUACUUCAACACUAACCUCGUCAAAGGAAAGAUCUCGUCUUCCAUCCGACGCGCCUUGGAUCAACCACUGAAUUACGCGCGUAUGUACCUAGCUGAUCUGUUGCCAGCUGGGGUCCGGCGUAUAAUCUACUUUGACUCUGAUCUUAUCGUCGUUGAUGACGUCAUCAAUCUAUGGAGCAUCAACUUGAGAAGCCACGUGUUGGGCGCUCCCGAGUACUGUCAUGCCAACUUCACCAACUACUUCACUUCUAAAUUCUGGUCCAACCCGGCUUUUUCGGCGUCGUUUAAAGGAAGACCAAGGAAUCCGUGCUAUUUCAACACUGGCGUUAUGGUAAUCGAUUUAUGGAAAUGGAGAGAAGGUAAAUAUACGGAGAAAUUAGAAAACUGGAUGAGGAUUCAGAAAAGGUAUCGUAUCUACGAGCUUGGUUCUUUGCCUCCAUUUUUGUUAGUUUUCGCCGGAGAUGUGGAGGGGAUGGAGCACCGGUGGAACCAACAUGGGCUCGGUGGUGACAACUUGGAAGGCUUAUGCAGGGCUCUGCACCCCGGUCCGGUUAGCUUGUUGCAUUGGAGCGGUAAAGGAAAGCCAUGGCUGAGAAUCGACUCUAAGAGACCCUGUCCGUUGGAUUCCUUGUGGGCUCCUUACGAUCUGUUCCGCCAUCCGUCUUUGUUCUCCAAUAGCUAAAAUACGGUGGAGAGAGUUCAUCGGAUUUCGUAGGAGAAUAAGGACACGUGUAAAAAAAGGAAAGCACCUUGCAACUUGCUUCGCCAGUGAAAAUAUGGAGUUACCGCGGGUAUAAGUUGCCUGUUAACCGCGAUGGUUUUCAUGUUUUCAUUCUGUUUUGUUUGUUCAUAUAGGAAAGUGGGAAGUGGAAGUUUAAAGGUGUACUCCCUUUCUCUUUUGACUAUAAUUUUUGGAUUAAUUAAAGUUGUGUAGAUUAAGACAAUAUCUACAUAAGUAGAUAUGACCCCGUGAGGUGUGUCUGUUGUAUUUAUUGUUUUCAUUUUUGUGUUAUUAAAUUAUUCCGAUAAUAGAAAUUUUCCAUCAGAUAACCUUUUUUAUCA